CCUGGGUACAGAGUGUCACCAUCCUUUGCUUGAUUUCAUCAAACAAGCCUUCUGACACGUCUCCCAUCCUCUAACUUUCUCCUGGCUUCAGUCCAUCUUCUCCAGGAUGACCCAGGGGCCAUCCUGAGGAUGGUGUGAUGUUGUUGGCUGGAAAGCUGAGGCAGAUCCUGCAGAGCCAUCACCUUCAUGACAAGUACCUGGAAUGGUCUCCCAGAAACACGGAAACAUCCUGACCAGGCCCACCUGUGAAUAACUGCAGGAUGGAAGAAAGUAACACAUCCCCUCCAGAGUCUGCCCGGAACCAGGACCUUACCCUCUCCCUUUUGGUAUAAAAGAAGCUUGAAUUCUAACUCGGGAAGAUGGUUCUUUAGGACAUUAGUUUGCCAUCUUCUCGGUCUGCUGGCUUUCCAGAUAAAAUGGCUAUUCCUCGCCCAACACCUCAUUUCUUGACUGAUUGACCUGUCGUGUGGCAAGCAGUAUGAACUUAGACUUGGUAACAAAUUUUGGUGAAGCCAGCCAGGAGCCUUGCUGCUGUGGCCAGUCUGCCCUGAUUGGGUUCCAGUAAGGCCCUAGCAGCUACUGGGACCUCUUGUCCUGAGGAUCUUCCCUUCAAAAUUACCCGAAGCGGCACCGGCUGCCCCAGCACUUGGCAAUUGGAGCAAGGAAUGGACAUCUGGGAGCUGACAGGUUCCAUACAGUAGGAUCAAUGAACUGAGCCAUGUUCAAAUCCCUGUUAUGUUGAUGCCAGAUGACUUCAAGGCCUAUUCAAAGAUAAAGGUGGACAAUCACCUUUUUAACAAAGAAAACAUGCCGAGCCACUUCAAGUUUAAGGAAUACUGCCCGAUGGUUUUCCGUAACCUGCGGGAGAGGUUUGGAAUCGAUGAUCAGGAUUUCCAGAAUUCCCUGACCAGGAGUGCACCCCUUCCCAACGACUCCCAAGCCCGCAGCGGAGCCCGGUUCCACACGUCCUACGACAAGAGGUACAUCAUCAAGACCAUCACGAGUGAAGAUGUGGCUGAAAUGCACAACAUCCUAAAGAAAUACCACCAGUAUAUAGUGGAAUGUCAUGGGAUCACCCUUCUUCCCCAGUUCCUGGGCAUGUACCGGCUUAAUGUUGAUGGAGUUGAAAUAUAUGUGAUUGUUACAAGAAAUGUGUUCAGCCACCGUUUAUCUGUAUAUAGGAAAUAUGACUUAAAGGGCUCUACAGUGGCUAGGGAAGCAAGUGACAAAGAAAAGGCCAAAGAACUGCCAACUUUAAAGGAUAAUGAUUUCAUUAACGAGGGUCAAAAGAUUUAUAUUGAUGACAAUAACAAAAAGGUAUUCCUGGAAAAACUGAAGAAGGAUGUUGAGUUUCUUGCCCAGCUGAAGCUCAUGGACUACAGCCUCCUGGUGGGAAUCCACGAUGUGGAGAGAGCCGAACAGGAAGAAGUGGAGUGUGAAGAGAACGACGGAGAGGAGGAGGGGGAGAGCGACGGCACCCACCCUAUUGGAACCCCUCCCGACAGUCCUGGAAAUACGCUCAACAGCUCACCGCCCUUGGCUCCCGGCGAGUUUGAUCCAAACAUUGAUGUUUAUGGAAUUAAAUGCCAUGAAAAUUCGCCUAGGAAGGAGGUGUACUUUAUGGCAAUUAUUGACAUUCUGACUCAUUAUGAUGCAAAAAAGAAAGCUGCCCACGCUGCAAAAACUGUUAAACACGGCGCUGGUGCGGAGAUCUCCACCGUGAACCCAGAACAGUAUUCCAAGCGCUUUUUGGACUUUAUUGGCCACAUCUUGACGUAACGUCCUGCAUGGCCGAAGACGGACGUGAGCGUGGGAAGGACAGAGGUGGCUUCGGCACAGGAAAAAUGAAAACCAAAUUCAGUGAAGCACACCUCCUCGUUUACAUCUUCAGGCCAAGAUGACUGAUUUGGGGACUACUUGCUUUAACAGCUACCUGAUAUUUCCCAGCAUCACUCUAGCUAUUUCUGACUUGGGUGUGUAUGUGGGGGGGCGGGGGGGCGUGCGUGCGCACGCGCACGUGAGCAUCUUAAAAACUGAUGGAUUGGUUGAUGGAAACCGACUUCGGUCAGAGUGUGUUUGGAGUAGUAACCCUCUGAUUCCAGCUGUGGAUGAAUGGAUGAAUGAGUGAGUGAGUGAGUGAGCACAUGCAGGGGGGAGGGGAGAAGGCGAUGCGAUGUCAGACCACCCAGGUUGGCACCACACGAGAAACUGUGGAUCAGUUUAUCUUUUGGAGUUGAAAGAUGUGAGACGGUAAUCGUAAUAAUAAUGGAGAUAAUAAUGAUGAUGAUAAUAAUAAUGAUGGUGAUUAAAAGGAAAAAAAACUUACUGCAGAUGUUACACUUCUACCACGCACGCUGACACUCCUUAAUAGUUGCACCCCGGGCGCUGGACGGAGGAGGCUGGCAUCUCCCGCGCAUCCUGGUUCAGGUGUCGGGACUCACGGUGUCUGGGGACAAAGGUCCCUCCUCCAGCAGGAAGCUGAUGCCCCUAGUGUCUCUCUCUGUACAUUUUCACCUCAGUAAAUAUGCCCAGGAACACUGCUUACUUCUCUUUUCUUGCCUGGAGCUUCUUCACUGACACACUCUUACGUUGCAACAUAGUAAUUAAUGCUACAAAAUAAAAAUAAAGCUUACCUGAAAAGUGCAGUUUUGGGCAAUGGCACCUACAUCUCCCAUGGUGGGAAGGUGAGCAAAGCAUUUAGAACCCUCAAUUUUCCAGUUAAACAGUGGUAUUUUGUUAUGAAUUUGCCUUUAACUGAAACCCUCAAUAUUACUGUUUACAUUAUUAGGAAAACAGGGAUAUUUUUGAAUCUAAAAAUUUAAUGUACAGCAUGUGAUUUUUGAAGUUUACAUGUAAAGUCACUUUACAGUGUAGGUGAAAUGUCUGUCAUAUUUUGAAGUGUAUCCUGCAGUCACAUUUUAAUGGUAGGCGGUCUUUUACAGUAAAAGGAAAAGGGUUGUUUUCCUCCGAUGCACAUUUAUCAACCUAAUGGUUUUUUUUUUUUUUAAGAAAAUGUUUAACCCAGAUCUGGUUACACAAGUUCAUUGCCCUAAACUGUGCUGACUGUGUCUAAUCAAGUUAUAAAUUUCCAACAUCGAUCAUGUAUUUACCAACUUCCUGGCAUUUUCUGAAAGGUGUCAAGCUAAAAUAUUAGACUUGCUUAGAGUAGGUUAUCAACUCAUACACUGUGCUAAAGCUGUGCCUUUGAAAUUCUUUGUUUAAAACGUGAGAUGAUUUUUGUAGGCAGGUUCAGAAAAGAAAAAAAAAAAUCCACCCCUCAGUAAUUA